AUGCUCGCAGACUCGAUCAUCAACCUUGGCUGGCUCAUUCUCCGGCCAUUUACCACCUACGGGCCACUUCUUCUACACACCAUCACGCGGAAAGAUUUCUGGGUCGGCUGUUUUAGACCUUCUCGCGGUAGAAACAGCUAUACCGCCAUCCUCCCGCCGCACGAUAAGGUCAGCGACAAAGAAGAUGCCCCACCAUCCGAGCUCGUAUCCACCAGCACGGUCCUCAUCCUCCUCCCUCUCACUUUAGUACUGAACGUCAUAUGCAUGCACGUCAGCUUCGGCAACCUCAUCACCCCCGCCCUAGCAAUCCUCGCGACCCUCCUCGCCCUCCUCCUCUCCGUAAUGGGCGUCCGCGCCCUUGGCGAAACGGACCUGAACCCCGUUUCCGGCAUCAGCAAACUCACCCAGUUGAUUUUCGCACUCGCCACCCCAGCGUCGAGCCACACACGCCGCACGGCCGUCGUCACGAACCUCCUUGCAGGUGCCGUAUCCGAAGCCGGCGCUCUACAGGCCGGCGACAUGAUGCAGGAUCUAAAAACGGGUCAUCUUCUCGGCGCCAGCCCUAAAGCGCAGUUCUACGGCCAGCUGAUUGGCAGCCUGUUCGGCGCCGUGGCCUCCGCCGCCGUAUACAAAUUGUACAUCACCGUCUACGACGUGCCCGGCCCCAUGUUCCAGGUGCCGACGGCGUACGUGUGGAUAUUCACCGCACGGCUCGUGACGGGCCAGGGCCUGCCGGAGAUGGCGUGGCAGACGGCUACGAUUGCCGGCGUGGUGUUUGCGGUCAUCACCGUUGUGAGGAUCAUGGGUGCGAAGCAUGGGAAGGACGGGGCCAGCGCACCGUGGCGCCCGUGGAUACCAGGCGGCAUUGCUGUUGCUGUUGGUAUGUAUAAUGUGCCCUCGUUCACGCUGGCGAGGGCGAUUGGUGGCGUUAUUGUCUUGUGGUGGGGCUGGGUGGAACGACGACAACAAGAACAACCACGCAGUCAACGGUGGUGGUGGAGGUGGGGAUGGUGGUCUUCGGGGAAUGGCGCUGUCGAUGAUGAUGACGGCGACGAUACAAAUGCGUUACCCUCUGGCAUACAGCGAUCGUCUGCCGUCAAAAGCAACGAUGGCAAGCAGCGUGUUGGGAAAGGGAUAGGCCGCGAUGGCGAUUCUGACGGUGGGUCGACGGUGGUGAUUCUAGCUUCCGGGCUCAUAUUGGGGGAGGGUGUGGUGAGUAUUAUCAAUCUGGCCUUGGCCAGCGCUGGAGUUCCACAUUUGUGA